AUGUGCUCGGUCUUCUCGGCGGAGGCCGCAGCCAUCUUUCAGGCAAUCUCCCAACCGAACAGCGGACCCACACUUAUUGUGUCUGACUCGGCAAGCGCACUCUCUGCCUUGCCCUCCGCAUCCAACCGCCACCCGUUCAUCCAAGCGAUCCAGGAAUACAUCGACGACAACACCACCCUGAUGUGGGUCCCCGGCCACGCAGGAAUAGCCGGCAAUGAAAGUGCCGACAUUCUGGCUAACAUCGGCCGAGCAAGCCCCUAUAUCACCCGCAGCGUUCCUGCCGACGAUGUGAAGCGAUGGCUGAAGCAGCAAAUCAGCACGGCUUGGGCCAACGAAUGGCGGAAACAAAGAAACCUCUGCAGGAUGGUAAAAAACUCCACCCUUCCCGGAACCGACCUGCCCAAUCGCCGUGAGCAGAUGGUGCUGUCUCGCAUGCGUACGGGGCACACCAAUCUGACGCACAACCUGGGCCCAGGAGAGUUCCACCAUAAAUGCAUCAUCUGUCACUGCACGAACACCAUUUGCCACCUCCUAAACAACUGCCCACAAUACGACGAGGCAAGAAGGGCGAAUAACAUCAGCAACGCAGUCGACGCCCUAAAAAAUGACCCGAUCAACGAGCGGCUGCUCAUCAAUUUUUUGAAGGACAGCAAGCUUUUUCACCGAAUCUAA